AUGAGCGACUUCGACUCCACGCUAGUUGUGGAAACAGAUGCAAAGAAGGACCUCAGGCUUCCCCACACACGCCAGAUGAUUCUUGUGGGUGCUGUCUCUGCCGUCCAAUGCUCUCCAUUUCCCAAGUAUCUCUACGUGCGCGACAGGAGCCUCACGGUCUAUCAACUUGCUCCGUUUAGGCAGAUAAGGGCCCUUGAGUAUGAGGGAGAUGUAAUGGAUAUGGCCAUUGUCAAGGGCAGAAUGGUCAUUCUCUCGAGAGACUCCAUAGUCACCACAGGCAGGGAUGGAGACCUUGUUGUCACAGGAGACUUUGACGGAAGACUGUCUGCAAUAGAAGAGAACCUUGGAGUACAGGAAAGAGGAAAGCUGUCUGUGUAUUCGCUGGAAACUCUGUCGGUGCUGGAUGUGUAUGAGGCAAGCGCACACUACUCGAUAAGGGAUGUGCUGAUAACGUCUCUCGACAACAUUGUUUCUUUGUACCGAAAAGGCAGGAAAGUGCUUGAGAUUUCUAUGCCUGAGAGGAUAGGCAGGCUAUGCGCCGACCCGCUGCUGACGAGCAUGUACUGUGGAGCCGAUGACGGGACCAUAUUCUGCUGUGGCAUGAGCUACUCGGAGCCCAUGGCUAUGAGAUACCACAAGAGCAGAAUCGUGGGCCUAGACAUGAGCUUUUGCGGGAGGUAUCUGUACUCUGCAGAUGCAGAGGGAGUCAUCUGCAUCUGGGACACAAAGCUCAAUGUGGUGAUCGGAAAAGCGUCCAUGGAGUCAGAGAUAAGAGGAAUGAAGGUGGUGUAUGUUUCCGAGUGGAGAAGAGAGCCCGGUGCAGUCGAUAACGAGCUGGUGAUGCUGCACAGAACGGUGCAAUAA